UAUAUAUAUAUAUAGUAUAGUAUAGAUUAGCAUUCCCAGAUCUCAGGGUGAGAGAAAGUCAAUGGAUUUCCAGAGCAUUUUGGUAGCAGUAUUGUUGGCCUGGGCUUUGAUCAAAGUCCUGCUGUGUUUAUCAGCAAAGAGAAGAAGCAGUAAAGGCAAGAAUCUGCCGCCUGGGCCAUUUCCAUUGCCGCUGUUCGGAAACCUUCAUUUGCUCGGAAACAAACCCCAUCUGUCGUUGACACGUCUAGCCCAAAAAUAUGGUCCAGUUAUGAAUCUGAAACUGGGCAUGAUAAACACAGUGGUCAUUUCUUCAUCCGCCAUGGCCAAACAAGCUCUGCAGAAGCAAGACUUAGCCUUUUCUACCCACCGGUCAAUCGCUGAUGCUCUGCGAGCUAACAAUCAUUCCCAAUUCUCUGUUGUUUUUCUCCCUGUUGCCUCCAGGUGGAGAGCCCUCCGUAAGAUCAUGAAUUCCAACAUCUUUUCCGGCAACAGGCUCGAGAUCAACCAGCAGCUGAGGGCUAAAAAGAUCGAGGAGCUUAUAAUUUACUGCCAAAAGAGCAGCGAGGUAGGGGAAGCUGUGGAUAUUGGGCGUGCAGCUUUCAGGACUACCCUCAAUUUGCUGUCAAACACCAUUUUCUCUAAAGAUUUAACCGACCCUUAUUCGGAUUCCGGUAAAGAGUUCAAGGAUUUGGUGUGGAAUAUGAUGCUGGAAGCUGGAAAACCCAACCUGGUUGACUACUUUCCCUUUCUUGAAAAGUUUGAUCCCCAGGGUGUCCGGCGUCGCUUGACAUGCCAUUUCACUAAGGCCCUAGACCUUUUUCAAGAUUUGAUUGAUGAACGGCUGGAGGAGAGGAAAAUCAAAGGCAACAAAAAUGAGGAUGCAUUAGAUUCACUUCUCAAUGUCAGCCAAGAAAGGCCUGAGGAGAUUGAUAUGACUCACAUUCAGCACAUGUUCUUGGACUUAUUUGCGGCAGGAACUGAUACAUCAUCAAGCACAUUAGAGUGGGCAAUGGCUGAACUUCUCAAGAACCCAGAAGUUAUGGCAAAAGCUCAAGCGGAACUUGCAGAUGUUAUCAAUAAAGGCAAGCCAAUACAAGAAUAUGAUGUUACUCAUCUUCCUUACUUGCAAUGCAUAGUGAAAGAAACAUUUAGAAUACAUCCACCAGUUCCGUUCUUGAUUCCGCGUAAAGUUGAACAUGACGUGAAUCUAUGUGAAUACACUAUUCCCAAUGACUCACAAAUUCUUGUCAAUGUAUGGGCAAUGGGGCGUGACCCCAGCAUCUGGGAGAACCCAUUGGUCUUCAAGCCCGAGAGAUUUUGGAAUAUAGGAAUGGAUGUAAGAGGACAGGAUUUUGAGCUCAUUCCAUUUGGAGCAGGCAGAAGAAUUUGUCCUGGAUUACCUCUAGCGGUAAGAACAGUUCCAGUAAUGUUAGGGUCUUUAUUGAACUCAUUCGAGUGGAAGCUUGAGGGUGGCAUUGCACCCAUGGAUUUGGACAUGGACGAGAAGUUUGGUAUUACAUUGGCUAAAGCUUGUCCUCUUAGGGCUAUCCCUAUCCCCAUUUAACAUACAGUGUGUCACUCCUGAUUGUGUUCUGUAAAAGAAGUGUCCAAUAAAUGAAUAUGCAUUGUAUGUCCAUUUUAAUUAGCUUAGACUAUAUUUGAGAGUGAAACAGUGCAACCUUGAUUUUGAA